AUUGAAUAUUUUGUUGUUAAAGUUCUCCUAAAAGUUUUAGGAAAUUUUUGUGUCCUACUAGUUACUCGAUAUAGUUAUUCAUAGUUUCCACUGUUUGUUGUAGAUUUACUAAUUAAUUUAUCCUCCAUACUUUUCUCUUAGGUACGAACACCUGAUUUUAGUUGCAGGAGGCAUAGGAAUUUCUCCUUUCCUUGCUAUCCUGAGUGAUAUUCUCCACCGUAUUAACGAUAGCAAGCCUUGUCUGCCAAGAAAUGUGUUGAUAGUAUGGGCCGUAAAAACAUCAAAAGAGCUUCCACUACUUCAAACAGUCGAUAUGAAGUCUAUCUGUCCAUUUUUUCCUGAUGCAUUGAACCUUGAGAUUCAAACCUACGUUACUCGACAAAAAGAACCGUCAUUGGAAGAGGGCCAUGUUAUAGAACCUGUUAAUUCUUCCGACUUCCCUGCCUCCAAGAAAUGUGGAAUGUCUGUGUUGGUUGGUACUGGACACGUUUUAUGGUCGGGACUAUACGUUAUAGUGUCUACACUGGGUUUGGUGAUUACUGUCUAUUUGUUAAAUUUCUUGUACAUAAAACCUUACAACAUCUACUACUGGUGGUAUAAGGGUCUUUUACUCGUAGCAUGCAUGACCAUUAGCGUUGUCCUUUUUGGGGGUAUCGUAAUUGGUUUAUGGCAUAUUUGGGAAAGAAAAACUUCAUACAAUGAGGAAUGUGAGAAUUCCACAAAGACCAGCAGCAUUGUGCAUCCAAAAGAGACACGGAUACAUAAAAAAACUGGGCAGGAACAGUAUCUCAACAUUAUUCGGUAUGGUCAAAGACCCGACUUCAGCGAAAUUUUUGGGUCAAUGGCA